GGAAGGCAAUUCAGUUGCAGUUUCUUUAGCUAACAAAGGCGUUCUUGAUAGAGUUUCACAAACCUACACUUCUACAAAUAUGUUUCCUAUAUCCAUUAGACUUCUUAUUCAGCAAGAUCAGCAGGAGAUAAGGUCCAUUAGAAAGAAGAACAAAAUUACAAGGCCAUCAUGA